AUGGGAGAAACAACGUCAAACGAGAUCAGGCAAUCAUGGCAAGACCGGGUAGCGGACAAGAAGUCCCGAAUCCUGGCCUCCAUCCCCAAGGAAUUCGACCAUCCAGAGCUCACGCAUUCUCUUGAAGAUACGGCAUCGGUGCAAGAUGUACCGCAGAAGUAUCUCUCGGCCAAAGAACUUGGAAUUACAGCCCUGGAUGCCUCAUCACUUGUGGUAGCCAUCCGCGAGAAGAAGUACACUUCCGUCGAAGUCUUGAAUGCGUUCACCCAUCGAGCAGCUAUCGCUCACCGGCUGUUGCAUUGCUGUCUCGCACUGCCGUAUGAUCUAGCACUCGCCCGAGCGAAAGAACUUGAUGCGUUUCUGGACAAGACUGGGGAGACUGUUGGGCCUUUGCAUGGAUUGCCGAUUAGUGUCAAGGAUCAGUGUAGGCUUAUUGGGACGGAGACGACGUGUGGGUUUGUGUACCCCAUUGGCAAUGUCGAUAAGGAUGAUGCGGCUGUUGUGAAGAUCUUGAAGGAUGCUGGGGCGAACAUCUUUGCGAAGACGAGUUUGAGUAUUGGGUGCAUGUGGGGCGAAACCGUCAACAACAUCCUCGGCCGAGCAUCAAAUCCCUUCAACCGGUCCUUCUCCUGCGGCGGCUCCAGUGGUGGCGAAGGUGCCUUGAUCGGCUUCAAAGCAAGUCCGCUGGGUUUUGGAUCAGAUCUCGGCGGAUCAAUUCGAUCUCCAUCAGCGUAUCAGGGCCUGUAUGGACUUCGACCGAGCUCAGGACGAGUGCCCUACUAUCGAAUGCUCAACAGCAUGGAGGGCCAGCAGACCAUCGUAUCUGUUGUAGGGCCAAUGGCGAGGUCCAUUGAUGACAUCGAGAUGAUCAUGAAGGUCAUUAUCAGCAGCAGUCCCUGGACACUGGAUCCUUAUUGUGUACCAAUAGCAUGGCGAACCGAUGCAGUCAACGAGAUUACGAACCGCAAACUCCGCAUCGGCGUCUUCGAAUGGGACGGCGUCUGCCUUCCUCAGCCUCCAAUCCGCAGCGCCCUCAAACGCACCGCAGCAGCCCUUCAAGCCGCCGGCCACGAAACCAUCCCCUGGAAAAUUGACCAGCAGCGAGCUACCGAGCUCGUUCUCAAAGUGUUCCGCUCAGAUGCGGCAGGAGAUAUUCGAAGACAAUGCGCCAAAUCCGGCGAGCCGCCCAUGGAGAGCGGGUGUGAUACACCGGACCCAGCUCUGGGAAUCACGCAGUCCUGGGACCUGGCGAUGGAAUGUUUGGACUUCCGGGCUGCGGUUCUGGAACAGUGGAAUCAGACUGCUGAUGCUUCCAAAGGCCUUCCACCCAUGGAUGCGUACAUCGCCCCUGUCGUACCGGCUGUUGCACCCAGACAUGGGGAUUAUAGCAAGGUCAGGUACUUUGCGUAUACGGCGACUGUGAACUUGCUGGACUAUACUGCCUGCACGUUCCCGACUGGUUUUGUGGAUCCUGCUCUGGAUCUACCGGAUGACACGAGUCUUGUAAAAGAUGCACAAGGAGGAUCUUUACCGCCGCCGACUUGUGAGAGGGAUGAGACGAUUCGUCGAAGAUAUGAUCCAGAGGUUUAUAAUGGGUUGCCGGUAUGUCUGCAGCUCGUGGGGAGAAAGUUGGAGGAGGAGAAGGUGGUGGGGAUGAUGAAGAUUAUAAGAGAUCUGCUUAACUGA